AUGCCCCAUUUCUCAGGGCUUACAUCAGUUUUCCCUCCUCCCCCUCGGCUCCCGGCUCCUGAGGGUAGAUGGGGCAAGGUUGCCACCAUCGCCUCCACCAGUGCGGUAUGCUACUCCAUAUUCUGUUGGAAUGUCCACCACUUCCGCAUGCGGCCGCCCCAUAUUUGCCCAGCCCCUUUAAUCAGCUCAUGA